AAUACCCUCUCUCUCUCCCCUUUCUCUUCUCAUAAUCAAACCUCGCUUUUCACUCUGUGUUUUCUUUUCUCGAGAAACAAACAACAAAUAUAACCCAAAACCCUUCAUCCAAAAAACCUUACCUUUAUUGCUUAAAUUUAUAUAAAGUUUCUUACUUUACAUAUAUAUAUAUAGAUAGCAUUAUAUCGAGUAGCUUCUUUUUUGUUUCAGUUACAAUGGGUGACUCACUGAACUCGGAAACUGAGUCUAGCACGGUUAGUAACAACUCGUCUCCUUCAUCGUCACCAUAUGGAAAAAGAUUGGGUACUGAGUUAAUACCCGACCCGAAAAGGGAAAAGCGUCCGAGAGAUAAUAGUAAGCAUCCGGUUUACCGUGGGGUCCGAAUGAGGGCUUGGGGUAAAUGGGUAUCCGAAAUCCGAGAGCCCCGAAAAAAGAACCGGAUCUGGCUAGGUACUUUCUCCACACCCGAAAUGGCAGCACGAGCACAUGACGUGGCGGCUUUGAGUAUCAAAGGUAACUCGGCGAUCCUUAACUUCCCUGAACUCGCUGAGUCGUUGCCUCGUCCGGCUUCCAACUCGCCGCGUGAUGUACAAGCAGCCGCCGCUAAAGCUGCCGCAAUGGAGUUCUUGAGUAACAAAAACAACAGCGUCGACGAUGCCACGUCAUCUUCGGAUUCAACGUCGUCAUCGUCGAAUGUGGAUGAUAUGUCAUCGACACCGGAAGAGCUGAGUGAGAUAGUGGAGCUGCCGAGUUUGGGGACGAGCUAUGAGUCGGCUGAGUCAGGGAACGAGUUCGUGUACGUGGACCGCUUCGAUGGGUGGCUUUUUAAUCCUUGUGGUAUCCCUUGGUAUUAUGAAGAAAAUUAUGGGUACUUUGGGGAUGAAACUUCAAUGCAAAUACAAGAUAGUCUCAUUACAAAUGGGUUUAGUCCUUUACUAUGGGAUCAUUAAUGCAUAAUUAAUAAUAAAUCAAGUUUUGUUUGACUAAA